CAUUAAAUUUUCAGGUAUAUCUUUCGUCACAGUAACCCCCACUUUCCCUAUCUCUCUCCACUUGAUCACUUUCCACAACCUCAACCACAAAAAGGGUAUAGCAGAGCAGUAAAUACACAGAGAGAUUCCUUUCCCUUCUUCACUCCGCUCUUGAAACAAAAAUGUGCAGGUUAGUUGGGACUUGGGUGGAAGAGAGAGGGAAGAAGAAGCUGCUCAUUCAAUAAUAUUAUCCAUCUCCUUUCUGUGAAUCUAUUGAGUUUUCCCAUUUGUCUCAAAGGGUACAAGUUCUCAAAGUCAGAUACACACCUCCCCAUCAUUUGGAUCUUGUUCUGUUCUUAAUCUUUUGGUGAGGGUUCCCAACUGUUUGAUGAGGUUUUCUGCAUUGAAUUUCACUCUAUAAUCAUCAAACUCAACAACAAAAUGGGGUCGAGGUCUUCUUAUCAUCAAUCUGAGGCUCUCUUUGUUUCCCCUAUUUCUAUGUAAUUUAUCUGUGUGGUGCAGAAAUUGAGGGGGGAAAUGGAGGUGAAGGAAGCAGCAGAAAGGAGAGCAGUGAUAGCAAAACCAGUAGCUUGUAGGCCAACUUGCAACUCCACUUUCGGCUCUUUCUCUGAGCUCCUCGCCGGCGCCGUCAACUCUCCUUCUCCAACCCCGAAACCCUCCCAACCUUCUCCAAUUGCAGCCACCAUCAAGCCCAAAACACUCAGAUUCAACCCCCCAGCUCCCCAGCCGCACCCCGAAUCAUGUCGCACCAUCGUUUACCGCCCACGAGCAAAGCUCGUCUCCAAGAGAACUGCUUCCCUCCUCGCAAACAUGGCACCCAACGGCGAUCCCCUUUUACUCCCUAGCUUCAAUUCAUCACAUCAAGAGGCAGGGGAGGAAUUAAUUAGCCCCUGUUCCAAUAAUGCCGUGGAAGCACAAGCUCAACAGGCCACCGAGCAGCUAAGGAUCUCAACAUUACCAAUCGAAAGCCAGCGGCUGGAAGCAGAGGACAUUCCCAAAGCCGCCGUACUAUCUGCUGCUGCUGCUUCUGCUUCGGUCCAAUUGGCGUACGGAGACAGGCCGUCUUACGACGGCUACAACUGGAGGAAGUAUGGGCAGAAACAAGUGAAAGGGAGCGAGUACCCACGAAGCUACUACAAGUGCACUCACCCGAGCUGCCCCGUGAAGAAGAAGGUCGAGAGGUCGCUCGACGGCCAGAUCGCGGAGAUCGUUUACAAGGGCGAGCAUAACCAUUCGAAGCCGUCGUUGCCCGCGAGGCGGAAUUCGAUAGGGUGUGAGGCUGUUGGAGGUGAAAUCCGGAUGGAAUCAGGAUUGUUGUUGCUUCCCAGUAGCAGUGCUGCUGGGACCGGUUCGGAUGGGUGCAGGGGAAGCCGUCCUGCCGCGGAUGUUGAGGUCCAGGGAGAUGACGAUGAACCCAGAACUAAAAGAAGGAGAGCUGAGGAUCGUGCCAAUGAUCAAUCAGGGAAUGCAGGGGAAGCUGGUGGAAGAGAAACAGCAGGGGCGGCGGAUAGUGAGGUUUUGGGGGAUGGAUUUCGUUGGAGAAAGUAUGGGCAGAAAGUUGUGAGAGGGAAUCUUUAUCCCAGGAGCUACUACAGGUGCACGAAUUUGAAGUGCAAAGUAAGGAAAUACGUGGAAAGAUCUCCAGAUGAUCCGAAUGCUCUGGUAACGACCUACGAGGGCAAGCACAACCAUGACAUACCUGCACCCUGAUGCUUCAAUUUCUUCCCUUCAUUGCUGAAAUUUUCGUGUUGUGGUAAGUUUUACUUCAAUGGAAGUUGCGACACAAUCUCAAUAUAUCAUGUAAUAUUCAGGAAUCCAUGAGAAGAGAUCAGUAGUAAUAUUAAUGUGGCACAACCUUUGUUCUUGGGGUGGUGUUCUCUCUAUGAAGGUCGGUGCGACGACGACAGUGGAUUAGAGACAUUUCUGCCCCUUGCCAUCGUAUGAUCACCUUCCAUCGUACAGAAGGAUAUGAAUAAUAGCUAUGGAAAGACGGCUGAUAGGCAAUCGAGAAUAUGCAACAAUAUCAAAUUCAGCUACACAGCGGAAAUUGGUGCCAAGAGCGUGCAUUAGAAUUGAAUGAUCUUUGGAAAGACAAGAAUUCUCGAGCAGUAUGCCAAGGGCGACUGAGAGAUUACCAUGAUAGAAAUAUGCGCAAGAAGCUUCAACCAUACUAUGGAUCAAGGCUCAACACCAUGUUAAUAUAUCAAAAUGUGGAAUUGAAAAGCUUCAACUUGAUUAACAACAUAUAUUGCAGUCAAAUUCGUGCUUCAACUCGUAAAAUUGUACGUUUAUGCGCUUCUAGGUUUUUUAUGACACGCAAAAUAUACUAUUUUACAUCCCCUAUUCUAUGGUAUUUUUACUUCGAUUUACAUCUCUAUUGUCAUAAUAACUCUGAUUUUACAUUGAUGCCUUUAUUGUAGUGUUUUUAUAUUUGAGAUCAAGUCAUCAAGGAUGAAUUUAGAGCUCUAGGUUCAAACGAGGAUGAAUUUAGAGCUCCAAACACACAUACACAAUCAUAAGCAUACAUUCUAUGAUCCUAUUGCACUAGUCAUGUCAUACCCUAGCCAUAAGUAGCUUAAUUGGUAAGCUAAGUUAGCACACAUGCUCAACACAACAUCAAUUUAAACCAUUUCUUAAGCAACUAGAUAGUCUCCGACAAUAAUUCAUAAACUACUUGACAUUCAAGGGAUUCAUUCACUAACUAAAACUAUAGAAACUAUCUAAAACCAGAUUAAGCAUGCAAGUUUUAUUUUUUAAAAAAUGUAAGAAAUGCAAACCGGUUGUUGGGGUAUCUCCCAACUAGUGCGUCUUUUAAGUCUUAUCGUCGUACGAUUAUCUUCAAGAAUUCGGUUCACCUUAAAACCUCCUUGAAGUUGAGGUUCUCGUCGGUGAGGUGGUGCCUCAAGUUCCAUGCCCUCCCUUCAUGAUUAGGAUCUUGGCUCCUUCAGUCAUGAUCUCAGUUUGUGCCCCCUUUUCUACACUUGUGCACCUUUUUCGUACCUAAUUCACAUGUAUCGUCCAAAGCACCCUAAAAUAACAACAUAAUCAAAUAGGAAGGAAAUAGGAAUGCAAUCGACGAUAUCCUUCCGAUUAUGCACACGAAUUAGCACGAAACAAACCUAAAUAUAAAGGGUAAAUAACACCGAUUUAGAUGUUAUCAAGCUCAGCAGAACCAAGCAUUUGCAUCUUCGACAUGUCCGUCAUGAAACAUAAAGAUGAGAAGAAUGUCAAACACAAAUUGUUCUUCUAAGUAAGUUUGCUGGCAAAUACAAGAUUAAAACUAAAUUCAGGAACAAAUAUAACUUCAUCCAAUGUUAGGUUCGCUAUGAAUCUGACUGAUCCCAUAUGACUAGCUCCAACAUGUUGCCCUGUUGGUAAUGUGAUUUGCACAUUACUUGCUGUGACAUUGCUAGAAAACAGCUUUGAAGUACAAAUUAUGUGAUAUGUGGCUCGUGUGUCAAAAAUCCACAGUUCUUGAUCACUAGGGCGUUUCUCGCCCGUCUUUCUACCAAAAAAAAAAAAAAAUCCACAGUUCUUGAUCACUAUAUGGCACAUGAGGAAGAGUGGUUAGAGUAUACUUGCCUGAACCAUUAUAGUUGUAACCGGUGAAAGCAGCUGCUGAGUCAGAACAAAGAGCUAUUACUCUG